AAUGCGGGCUUGAGCUUUUUAACAAACUUCCGAUAACUUGCCCACUCAGAUACAUUGUAGUAUCGUUUUCAGUUCAUUCUCGUCUAAUUCCAAGAAAACUAUUUAUGUCAACAUCUUUUAAGACUUGUCAAGUGUAGGGGCUUGAGUCAAUGGAAAAUACCACACACGGUGAAAAUUGAUUUUGUUGGUUAUAUUUUCUCUCAACUGCCGAUGACGAAGUCUAUCGCUUAUAUUUGGAGAAGCAUUCAAUUUUACAGGCAGUAGCUUUAUUCCAAAGCAACCCACAAGUAUGCCACUAUUAGUUUACAACCCCAUUUGAUUGUGGGAUGACAGAUCACUGAUUGCUGGUCCCGCCUGCCUUCACUAUAUAGGCAGCGAACAGCGGUAUCACCUGAUGACUGCAGUUGCGGCAAGACUCUCGUUAACUGCUCCUGAAGGGUUUGUAGUUCGCUCUUCUGUUAUCAGUUUGGGUAUUGUGGUUAGCCUGUGAACCUGCAGAGGGAGCAACACCACUGCCGCACAAGAUCUUCCUCAUAAACCACUGCAAGUCACAUACUCAGCACUGAACUCCUGAUCUGGUUUAAAAAAAACAGCUAAACUCGAACAGAGAAUUUUAAAGAGCUGUGAAGUCCGCUGUCAUUAAAGAUACAAGAUGCUGCAUUGGUGUUUGCUGGUGACAUUUAUUUUGCACAGUACAUCUUCACAAGAGACUAGUGAAACCAUCACAUAUACGCAGUGUACAGAUGGUUAUCAAUGGGAUCCUGAAAAGCAACAGUGCAGAGAUAUUGAUGAAUGUGAGACUAUUCCAGGUGCAUGCAAAGGAGAAAUGAAAUGUAUAAACCAUUACGGAGGAUACUUGUGUCUGCCUAGAUCAGCUAUUAUUAUCACGAAUAGUAGUGUUGAAAGUAGGAAUGUACCCACAACCACUCCUGCUCCUGCUCGUGUCCCUGAUCCAACUCAACGGGUCUAUCCAAAUCUACCUCGCUUCCUGCAGUGGAGAUGUGCACGUGGCUUUACACUUAAUGAUCAAAACCAGUGUAAAGCAGCACUGGCAGCUUCUUCUGUAACACAGAGGUGUAUUCAUCACAGCCCAGACCACCACACAUCAGGGUUGAUUUUCAACUUCUCACCUGGCAUUGCAGAUCAAGUAGUUUCUGUCAUCGUUGGCACAUCUUUGCAUUACUUCUAUGCCGGGGAUAUUGAUGAAUGUGCAUUAGGUAGCCAUAACUGUGGUCCGGAACUAAUCUGCAUAAACACAAGAGGCUCAUAUAGCUGCCGUUGCAAGCAGGGUUAUCGCAAACGUGGAGAUCAAUGUUUGGACAUUGAUGAAUGUAACGUAGCCACCUACUGCCAUCAUGGAUGUGUCAACACACCUGGUUCCUAUUACUGUCAGUGCAACAUUGGUUUUCAGUUGGCAAGUGACAAUCGCACAUGCAGAGAUAUUAAUGAGUGUGAAACAGGUUCUCCAUGUGAUCAUCAGUGCUUUAAUAUUUUGGGUACGUUCAUCUGCCAGUGUGAUCAAGGAUAUGAAUUAAAUCCAGACAAAGUCACAUGCAGAGAUGUUGAUGAGUGUGCCUAUUCAAGCUACAUGUGUCAGUACCAAUGUGUAAAUGAACCAGGAAAAUUCUCAUGCAUCUGUCCCAAGGGAUACAAGCUUCUGGGUACCAGAAUGUGCCAAGAUAUAAAUGAAUGUGAAACUGGAAAUGUUUGUGAGGAACAAGAGAAGUGCUGGAACUAUAAUGGUGGGUACAGAUGUUAUCCUCAAAAUCCAUGCCAUGAACCUUACACUCAAAUGGCCGAAAAUCGGUGUGUUUGUUUGGCAACUAAUGCGGCCUGCCGUGACCUGCCUUAUUCCUAUGUGUACAAAUACAUGAACAUUCGAUCAGAUAGAUCUGUUCCCUCUGAUAUCUUCCAAAUUCAAGCAACAAACAUUUACCCCAAUACUUACAACACCUUCCAAAUCAGCUCUGGGAAUGAAGGAGAAUUCUACCUGAGGCAAACAAGUAAUGUGAGUGCAAUGCUCGUUUUAGUGAAGCCAUUGACAGGACCAAAGGAGUACAUUGUGGAUCUGGAGAUGCUUACAGUCAAUAGUAUAAUGAACUACCGGACUGUGUCUGUACUGCAGUUGACAAUAAUAGUGGGGCCUCAUCCAUUUUAAUCUGUGCGGCAAAGAUUAAGUACAGCAAUAAUAAAGCAUUUCUUACCACAGCAUUUAACAUUCUGGUCUGAUUAUGUAAGUUGCUUUAUGAAUCAAUUUAACUUUCAUUUUUGUAUUUGUUACAUUUUUGUACAAAGUGCCUUCAGUAAUGAACUUACUAAAGUAAAUAUACAUUAGAAAUUAAUAUUUAAAGCUACAUAAAGCUCUAUAAUGUUUGCUAUUCAGCCAAAAUUAAGCACUUAUUAUCAUGGUGUACAAAGUUGUUUUUAUCAAAUAAAAUGUACUUCCUAU